AGCUGUAACUGCGGACUACGUGGGUUUGAUCCCCGACUAAGUUUGGGACGCCGCGAGGAGUCCUGGGCAGGCUACUUGCACCUCCAUGGAUGCGGCCGAGGUGGAGUUCCUGGCCGAGAAGGAGCUGGUGACCAUUAUCCCGAACUUCAGUCUGGACAAGAUCUACCUCAUUGGGGGUGAUCUGGGGCCCUUUAACCCUGGCUUACCAGUGCAAGUGCCUCUGUGGCUGGCGAUUAACCUGAAACAAAGACAGAAGUGUCGGUUGCUCCCUCCGGAGUGGAUGGAUGUGGAAAAGCUGGAGAAAAUUAGGGACCACGAACGAAUGGAAGAAACCUUUACCCCUAUGCCCAGCCCUUACUACAUGGAGCUGACCAAACUCCUGUUGAAUCAUGCUUCAGACAACAUCCCCAAAGCAGAUGAGAUCCGCACCCUGAUCAAAGACGUGUGGGACACCCGCAUAGCCAAACUCCGGGUGUCUGCGGACAGCUUCGUGAGGCAGCAGGAGGCGCACGCCCAGCUGGAUAACUUGACCUUGAUGGAGAUCAACACCAGCGGGGCUUUCCUCACACAGGCGCUCAAUCACAUGUACAAACUCCGCACAAACCUGCAGCCUUCUGAAGGUGCCCAGUCUCAGGACUUCUAGAGAAGGACCUUGUUUAUAAAGGCCUUGUCUCUGCCGGCAGGGAGCUUGCUGGGAGUGUGUGAGUACUCAGGACACUCUAGAAGCACUCAUAGUUCUGGAUCUCUAGAACCAUUUUUGAAUGUAAGAAAAACGUGUAAUGAAGCAAGGACUGGAAUCCUAACCUUGCUGGAAAGGAACAGGUUGCGUGUUGUCCUGGACAUAGUCUUGAAUCCCACAUCUGUCUCUAGAAGCCAACUAUUCUUAGGGUGGGUGGGGAGACAAAGCUUUGGCAAACAAGCUGUUCUCCCUAGCAGAGUCUCAGGUCUCCUGCCCGGGACUGCCGUGUGGGGGCAUGUUCAGUGACUUCACGUGUUGUUUUGAAGACAGGUACUCAGGUGGUUGUGUGGCCCUAGGACUUUUGUUUUCUUUCUUGAUACCCUGAACUUAGAGUGUAGAGAUUGCUCACACAGAGUAGGCUGGCAGGUGAGCGGCUUGCGAUGCCGACUGGUGUUGAUCAUCUAAGCUUGGACAGUAAAGAUGCAAUCAACCCAGUCUCUGCUGGUUUUCCCCCCUGCUUAACUACCAAGCAGAAGGAACAAGCCACGUGGCUAAAAUGAUCUAAUAGACCAAACUGAGGUGUGUAGUAGGUAAUCGUAAACGUCAAAUACAUGGUUUCUCAUUCUCAUGGCUACUUCUGGCUAAGGUGUAAAGGGCUGCCUACGCAGGGAAGGGGAAGCGGGGAUAAACUGACUCCGUGUUACUGAGUGUGUGAGUGAAGGUGAAGAUGCCCGAGGAAGCAAAGUGGGACCUGUAAUGCUGCUCUUGAUGGGUUUCAGGGGGAGACUGUUGUAAGUAGCAGCAGCUCAAAUAAGAGUAAGUUCUUAUUUACUCUGAGAAAAAUUUAAUUGUAGCAUUUUGCAACUGCUAAAUUCCGCAUAGAAAUUACAUUACCUUGAGAGGGGGAAAGAUUGUCUAGAGCAGUGAUUUUUAACCUUUUUCAUCUCAUGGCACAUAGAAACUAAUUACUAAAAUUCUGUGGCACACCAAAAACAGUUUUUUUGCCAGUCUGACAAAAAAAUAGAUGUAAUCUUUUUUUAUUCACCCUGGACGGCCAUUAUUUUUUUUGACAAUCAAAGGGAGAAGCAGUGCCCCUGACUGAAUAGCCAGGUGUUGCAUGUUUUAAAAACUCUCGUGGCGCACGGGUUGCAAAUCACUGGGCUGGAGUCAUACAGGGAGUAGAAGGUUCUGCAGCCUGCUGGUUUUCAACGGCAGCAUUGUUGCAAAGGAAGUAGCAUGCUCCCUCCAGGGCUUUUUGAAGAGUGUGCCUGCACGAUCAGCUAAGCCUGGAGACUCCCUGCUGGCAUCUGCCCUUCGGUGUUUCAAGUCCAAACUUACCCCGUUACUCGAGCAGUUUCUCCAUUCCAAAUUGCUACCCAUCUAGGUGUCCCUUCCACAAGCAGCUGAUGGGUGUCUGAACACUGAAGGGCCAGACAUGAAGAGAUUAAGGGCACGAAAGACCUUGUUUCUGUCAUUUAAGGUGACCGUGUAGAGGGUUGGGUUGCUCUCAGAUGGCAGAAUUGCCUUUUUUUCUCAUUCUUAACUCGGCGUCCUUCAGAUUUCAUCUGGGGAAUCUUCUAGAAUGAAACCCCAUUACUGCAGAGGGUCAGGAGUCCUGUGUGUCUCAGAUCUGGCCCCUUAAUACCUUUCUCUUAAAACCUGAGUUAUUGGUUGAAUCUGUCUGCACAUUUUUGCCUAUAAAGCUAUAUAGCUGUUGAGCUGUUUUUUUCUUUUAGAUUUGGCCUUGUAUUUUAUGACAUAAAAAAGAUUUUCCUCUUAACAUGAUUUAGGAAGAUUUUAUUUUUUUGGAUGUUGUCAGAAAUUACAGCAAUAUAUUCAUAAAUACCUAAUUACUACAUUCAACAAAUAAUAUUACAAUACAAUUAAUUCAAACAAGUACACUUAGAACAGGUUUAAUUUCACAGCAUCUAAACUGCCCCCAGCGUGACCGAGGCACCGCUCCUCCUCCCUCCCGUGCGCUGGUUCACUGUUCUAGCGAUUAAGCACAGGGCACAUACACAGUAACACAACCGAUUAGCAUGGUCUUCCUCAGGCCAAGGCAGAGUUAAGGAGUUUAAGUUAAGUGCUGGAUCAAAAGGUUGGGGACAGGCUACUGCAAGCAGUAAGGAAGUCAACAGCUUGGUUACUUGAAAGAGUAUGGGGAUCGCUGCUAAAUGGCUAAUAUACACUUAUUUAAGAGAGUAACAGAAUCGGCUUGUGCUGACCAUCUCCAUCUUGUGGUGGGUCCUUGGAAUUUUCCACUCUUAAAAAAACACGACUCAGGGAAAGGGAGUUAUCUUGAUGUAAUUUCUUGAGAUUUGGCAGCAUUGAGAAAAACCCAUCCCAUGUACAAACUUAAGGCUUCCUAUGUUAUAAUUCUGAAGUGUGGGCUCCUGUGAAGGAUGUUAAUGCCAAUUUAGUGUUGUAUUUCCUUUGGGAUAUGUAGACUAAACUGCUAGAAAUCCUGUCUUGGUCACUUAUCUUAAAAAAUGGAUUAAAUCAUGUUGUUUUCUCGCAUCAUCAAUUUGGCUCUGACUACAUGACCAGGUGUGUAGGACCAAGUACAGGGAAAAGCUCUGGUUUGCUUCUAAACGUCUGAUUAAGUGUGGAGCUACUGGUCCCGCUUUGGAAGAUGCCCCUGACGAGUGCAGUGCGACCCCUCAGCGGGCAGGGCAGCCACCUCCUGCAGGUGCUGCGGGAAGCACUCAAAGUGAUGGCGGACUGAGCUCUUCAUGAAAUACUGACAGAGGCUGCGAAAUCAGCUAGAGCAAGUUUGUCAAUAUUUAAACCUAAACUGCAAAGAAACGUAGAUAUCAGGUGAAACUACUGCCAGAUCAUAAAACUGAUUGUAUGGAAAAACCAUUAUUGGGUACUACGUGUUAGUGGUACACUUGUUUUCAAAAAGGCACUUUCUUACCUUUUUCUUAGUUUACUUGUGCUGCCUUUUGUGGUUUCUAUUUAUGUUCUCUGAUUGUCGUAGUGAGCCCAAGAAUACUCUAAGAUCUCCAGAGACAGGUGGGAGGUGGGUGCAGCGGAGUGACAGAGGCUCCAGUGCGGGGUGCCUGUGGUGUUUCCAGGGGGAAGGAGGGGAUGCAGUUGUGAGUUGCUCAGCCACACAGCGUCCUCCCCUGCGGAGAGACCACCCCUGCAGUGGUGCGUCCCCUGGUCCCACACGCCAUGGCCUCCUGUCCUAACACUUAAACAGACCCAGCCAAGGGCGCUCCCCUUGGCUGAAGGGAUGGGGCUGUGCUUCUCUUUCCCGUCAAGUUAUUAGAUCUAUUUUUUUUUUCCUUUAGCCAAGGCCAUUACCAAAGCUGAUCAGCAAAAGUACCCAGACAUUUUCUGUGAUGGAGGAGGAGGACUGGGAGUGAAGUGCUAAGAUGUAGUCCUUAAGCUUUCAGACCAGAAACAGCAAGCAGGUUUUUAAAUAGAGAAAUUCAGUGAUAUUCUGCCCUGAUUGCUGGCACUAGAGCUCCCUCUGAACACCUGUCCCCACCUGUGGAACACGUUGAUCUCUCAAUGCCUUCGCAGGGGAGGAGGCCCACAGAACAGCCCUUAGUUCUCGUCAAGUCGCUUCUGUGGAAAGGAAGGCGCUUGUUGACUGCUGAUAAUACUGGCGGCACUUUUUGUCUGAGUUUGCUAAUAACUGGAAGAUUCUUGGCAGACAUACAAAGCAAACUGUGUGGGAACAGAUAAAGCGACACAAUGCCAUCUGCCAGCAAGCUGUUCUGCACAGCUAAAGGCUGAGGGUGUGGCCACUGAUCUCAGUGAGUAGCCCUCAUGAAGGUCAGCCAGCCCGUCCCCGUGUGAAGGGGAGGCGUGUUCCCGCUCGGGCCUCCUCCUCCCCUUCCCCUCUCCCCAGGCAGACCAACCAUUGGCUGCUUUGGCCUCAGGUUCAAGCCCAUUCAGGCAAGAGAUACUUUCUUGAUCUAGAUUAAACCCUGCCUGAAUGAACAGUAACUGGGACAAGAGGGAAAAUUUUCCCCAUUGCUUUGCAUGGAUCCGAUUAUCCCAAUUCUAUCUGCUCCUGUGCUUGCCACAGUCAGCUCAAAAGGAGGAGAAGUUCAGCUCAGACAUUGUUUAUCCUACUUUUAGGCUUUUACAAAGCUUUGCAUCUAAAUAAAGCCUCUAAAGUUUCUACUUUGCACCUGUUCUCAGACUGCUGUAAGACACCUUAGAAUUCUAUCACAGAAACCGCUCACUUCCUGAAAGGUCCUUUUACAAAAGCCCCAUGUCUGUAUGUGGGUGCACAGGCACACACCCAGGAUCUGUCCUGUUCACCGUAGACUAGCCCCUCCUCACUAAUAGCAACGGGGUGUAACUGCUAUCUGCUGUCCAGAGCUGGGGGGAGGGGGCAGAGGAGGAGGUAAGAAGUAAUGCAUGGCUUUCUACAUCGUUUUCUGGUGCAACUCAAAAAUGAAGUGAUCGCAUAGGCGCCAGUGGUAAGCUCUUUUACUUUUCUUCUUCUUUAAUUUUUAAAAACACUUCAAUAUUGAAUGUCCUGACCAGCAGCAGUACAGACACUAAAAGCAAGUUUUUUUUUUGCCCAGAAAAACAAAAAACAAAAAAACAAACAAAACCCCCAAACA